UACCGUCACCACAAAAACACGAUCUCAUGAUUUUUUUACACAUAAGUCCAAAAAUAACGCAUGCAAUGUAGUAAUAUACAGGCUAUUUGAAACAUGGGGCGGCGGGACAAGUCAGUACUGACAACAUAUGGCCGUCACAGGAACCGUGUGGUGGCCACAGACGUCUGGAGUUCCGAUGAAGACAAGAAGAAGCAUGUGUUCAGUUUCAGCUCUGGGGGGUCAAUCAACUUAUCCUCUGCUGAAAGUGAUGUGUCCUUACUUGAUCUGUCAAAGAAAGUACCAGUGACCAAAAGGAAAACCACUGCCAAGAAUACAAAGAACACCAAGACACAAAAAACAAAGGGAGUAAAUAAGGAGAACCGUUACAUCAAGAAAAAUGGAGGAAAUAAGAAGGGGAAAAAAUUUGCUGUUUUCUCAGAAACAGAAAAGGACAGUUGUUCAAGCACAGGAGGAGAAAGUUUAGUGUUUUCAGUCAAGGCUGUGAAUCAGAGGGUUCUGCGGGACAGGAAUGGCCUGACAGAUUCCUCCAUGUCCACAGGAAGUCCGGCUUCAAAACGACGCACUCGCAGACACAAGCAAAAAGCAACCAACAAGAAGAAAGAUGAUCUUUCCUACAACUUCAGUGAGUUUGACGAUUACAGUCUUGUUGUGCUGUCUGGAACACCACAAAGUGCCAACAAGAAGCCCAAGAACAAAGCCUUGACUUCUGGCAUCGAGACAAGUACUCCUUUCCGGGACGCCAAGAAGAACAGUCACAUAGUAGAGAAGAUUAAGGAUCCCAAUAUAUCUCUUAUUGACCUUGUAGAAGACAGUCCAUUUGUUUCCGAUCUUCACAGUAGUCUUCAAGACUCGCCACAUUCAUUGUCUGAUAUGACCGGUAUAACAUCCAGCUAUGGUGCUAGCCCAUCAUUAGUUGUGUCUAGUAAUGCUGCCAAGAGGUCAGAUAGGAAUAACAGUCCUCAUCUUUCCGUUGAUAAGAACAUGAAGACAUUGAAGGACCGAGACGUGAAACUGCUACAGGAGAGUGUUCAGAACUUGCAUAUAAGUGAUCGUUCAUGGAGACGUGGUGACCAGGGCGAUGCGAGCACAACCUCGGCUUUGGACUCCUUCCAGCAGUCUCAGAGCCUUUUUGACAGUUCCAUAGAGGCAAGGUCAUCACAUCUAUCAAGAAACGUCUCAGACUCUAGUCGACAAAUUAGUCCAAACAGUUGUGUGGUGCAGUUACAAAAAAUGCGUGAUAGCCUGUUACGGUCACAGCUUAGUGAUAAUGUCUUUUCUCCAUUAAGGACAAAUAUACACAAAACACGUUCAAUAUCGAAAGAGACUGAAAAUGUGAUAAGUGGUAGAAAGUUAAGGUCACAGAAUGUGGAUACAGGGGGAGACGAAUGCUGCCCAAAAGUGGACUUAAGUUUGGUUGACAAACAGGGUGGGGAGGAAUAUAGUACAGAUUACAGCACAGAGGAAGACGAGGAAGAGGAGGACCUCAGUGACAUCUAUGAGGAUGAGGAAGAUGAAGAUGAGGACAGUUCAGCUGGUGGGAUCGAUGAGACAAAAUAUUCUCUUACAGAUAAUGUAGUGAGUGGUGAUUGGUCCGUAGAGAUGGUGUCGGGGUACUUGUCGGAGGUGAAGGAGAUGGAUAUGUCCGUAGGAUCUCUGCAGGGAUUACAGAAGUCGGUGUAUUACUCUGCAGAGUCCGACGGAUCCUUCUACCGAACUGCUGAGGGGUCGAGCGCCGUGCAUCAAGACAGGCGAGUCAAAGACAGGAAGAAAAACAAGCAUCUGGAGAAGACCUUUGAUGAUGGGAACAUGUCCAGGUCAUUUGUGGAGAUGCUGACGCCCAACAAAAAGUCGCAGUCAUCCCCACCAUUAUCGCCAAGAAGUAAACUCUUCCAGAUGUGUGAACAGAAGGCGCCCGUCACCUUCCAGGACGUCAUCCCUGACAACAUGAUGAAGAAGAUUGUGAAGAUAGGUGAGGGUGUGUACGGUGAAGUCUUCCGAGCUGAUCGCAGUGGGAACUCAGUCGCUAUCAAGAUUAUUCCAAUAGAGGGAAACUUCGAGGUGAAUGAUGAACCACAGAAAACAUUCUCAGAGAUUCUGCCGGAAGUUGUCAUCUCGACAGAGCUGAGUGGUCUCCGCCUCCAGGGCAGGAACACCACACCCAACUUCUGUCGGGUCAACAGUGUGGCGUGUGUACAAGGCCGCUACCCGGACCACCUGCUAGCACAGUGGGAUAUCUACAACAAGAAAAGGAAAUCGGAAAAUGAUCGACCAGAUAUAUUUGAUGAGAACCAGCUGUUCAUCUUGUUUGAGUUUGCUGAUGGGGGGUCUGACCUCGAGUCUUUUCAGUUUGCUCAUCCCUGGCAGGCUAAGAGCAUUCUCCAGCAGGUCUCUGUGUCUCUGGCCGUGGCGGAGGAACAGCUAGAGUUUGAGCAUCGAGAUCUACACAUCGGCAAUGUCCUUGUGCGAAGCAACAGCACUGAUGACAACAUCACUUACCGUCUUGCUGAUGGUGUUGUUGAGACGGAGAGUCAUGGCGUUAUGGUCAGCAUCAUUGACUUCACAUUGUCCAGACUCAGGAAGGAUGGCUGUACAGUGUUCUGCGACAUAUCGAAGGACGACAGCUUGUUCGAGGGCACCGGGGACUAUCAGUUUGACAUCUACAGGAACAUGAAGAUAGAGAACAAGAAUGAGUGGGAGCCGUUCAACCCUCACUCCAACAUUCUGUGGCUCCACUACUUGGUCGACAAACUCCUCAAACAAAAGAGAUACAAGCGUAACAGUAGGGAGGAUCGGGAAGCUAUGCGGUACCUGCGCCAGUUCCAGGCCGAGGUUCUUCAAUUCACCAGCUGCAAACAUCUGGUCCUGGAGAGCCACUUGUUCCAGACAUGAACUUAGAAAAAAAUGGGGAAAAGUUCUAAACAUAGGGUUCUGGACCUCCUGUGUUAAAUACAUCUGAAAAUACUCCCAGUCCUGCAGUCAACUGUCAGCGUGAAGGGCAUUAAACAAUGAAUGGAUCAAGGGUCCAUUUCCAGAAGUAGUUUGCCUGACAGAGGGGCAGACAGUAGAUAACACAAGUACAUGCUCUCAGAACAUCACUACGUACAUGAUCUGUAGGUUCAUAUGGACAGGUGCUCUGGGUGUUGACUUGCCUAUGGACAGGUUUGAUUCCCAUGCUUUCAGAAUCUGAAUUCUUUGUCUUCCCAUCAUUAUGUGAAAACACAAGCAUUCACUUGCACAUCUGUGGACAUGGAGCUGAUCAUGACCCGUGAACAUCCGGGUAAGUGUUGGUCUUCAGCAUCCCAUGCUUGUCGUAAGAGGUGACUAACGGAAUCGGGUGGUCAGGCUUGCUGACUUGGUUGAUGCAUGUCAUCAUAUCCCAAUUAUAUAGAUUGAUUCUCAUGAUCUCAAUCACUGAAUUGUCUGGUCUAGACUCGAUUAUUUACAGACCGCCGUCAUAUAGUUUGAAUAUUGCUGAGUGUGCGUUAAACAAAACAAAAAAGGCCUGAUUAUGGUACCCGCUACAGCUGUGUGGGAGGUGGAGUGACUGAUUGGAGAAUACAGCUUAGAUCAUCACUUGGACUGUUUAUGUUCAGAGGUAUCUCACACAAUAUACAUCUGUACUUUUGACAUAAUAGGUGCUUUAAUUAAUUAUAGAAAGUGUAUCUCAGUUGUUGAACUCAAUUCAGAAAGAUAGCCAUCUCAUAUAUAUGAAGUGUAUUACUACAGUAUGAUACCUGUCUGCAUGUAGAUCUGAUGACCAUAGGUCACACCAGGUGAACCUUCUAAUCAGCCAAUCAGCAGUUGAAAACGAUAGUUUCGAAUUAAUUGUCAUAAAUAUCUGCCAGAGCACACUUUGUGACCUCCUAAUGAAUGUUUAUGACGGUUGGUUUGUCAUCCAAUCAAUGUUUAUCUCAGUUGUUUUGUCAGCCAAUCAAUAUUAAUGUCAGUUGGUUUGUCAGCCAAUCAAUGUUAAUGUCUAUUGGUUUGUCUAGCAAGGAGUACAGAGAACCUAUUUAACACUGAACCCAACAGCUGGUUGUAAGACAAUAUUUUCCUGUGGAAGCUUUGUUGAGUGAUGUGUAUAGAAUCAUGUGAGCAUUGUACAAAACAUUGAUCCCAACAUCCUGUGUUACAAGAUAGGACUGUAACUGAAGUGUUGGAACUGAACCUUCUUAUGAAAUGCAGUAGAUUAAAUAUUGAAACAUAAUUUAUAUGGAAGGGAAUUCAAAUGAUGAUGACCAUCUUCUAAUGAUAAAAUUGCUUGUCCAUCCAGAAUACCCCUGUCAGUAUUGUCCUCAACAAAAGGAGUGAUAUUAUGGCAUGUAUGUGGAAAGUGAGAGAGUUGUUUGUACCAUAACUGUAAAUUUGUAAUAAAGUGUAUAUCUGAAUGAA